AUGUCUAAACUGUUCCGUCGUCGCAAGAACAACAACGAUGAUCUGGAAUCCAACGCUGGCCGGCGAGCCUCCCGCGCUUCUAGGGGCGGGAGAGCCGCCAGCAUUGUAGACGACAGUCUCGGCGAGUAUCCUGCCCUGGAUCACUACAUCAGCAACUAUCGCGAAGAUCGUCGUCGCCCAGCUGAUGAUCGUGAUGGGAAGGUUAAGAAGAAGCAUUGGUGGCAGUUCGGCAGUGGUGUCGAUGCCCAGGAGGAGCCCCCUUCUAAGAAGGGCACUCCUGAUGCUUGGCUUGAGACGGAUCUCACAGCUGGUCUUGCGUCGGAUGAGGUUGAAAGACGAAGACAAGUGACAGGAUGGAACGAGUUGGUUUCGGAGAAGGAGAAUAUGUUUGCCAAGUUUCUGGGCUUUUUUACAGGCCCCAUUCUUUAUGUUAUGGAGGUCGCGGCCCUUCUCGCAGUCGGUCUCGGGGACUGGGUGGAUUUCGGAGUCAUCGUUGGUAUUCUUAUGCUCAACGCCUUCGUCGGCUUCUACCAGGAGAAGCAGGCUGCAGAUGUCGUCGCUAGUCUCAAGGGUGAUAUCGCAAUGCGAUGCACCGUCAUACGUGAUAGCAACGAACAAGAAAUUCUGGCACGAGAACUUGUUCCCGGAGACAUCCUCAUUGUUCAAGAAGGCGGUACCGUCGCUGCAGAUGCUCGCCUUAUCUGCGACUAUACACGCCCCGAAGAUUUUGAACUUUACAAACGUCUCCGAGCCGAAGACAAACUCGACCGCAGCGAUGAGGAAGAUGAGUUUGCUGAAGGUGCAGACAAAGAACAAGAUCAUGACACAUCGACUGAACAUGAUGCCCAUCAACACAGUCAUGAGCAGGAGCCACAUGACUAUCGAAGCCGUCCUCUCGCAGCCAUUGAUCAAUCUGCUAUUACCGGCGAGUCUCUAGCUGUUGAGAAGUAUCUGGGUGAUAUGGUCUACUAUACCACUGGCUGCAAAAGAGGCAAGGCCUUUGCCCUUGUUCAAACCACUGCUAAAGAGUCUUUCGUGGGCCGCACUGCAGAUCUUGUCCAGGGAGCCAAGGAUCAAGGCCACUUCAAGGCUAUCAUGAACAACAUUGGAACCUCGCUUCUGGUUCUUGUCAUGUUCUGGAUCCUGAUAGCCUGGAUUGGAGGGUUUUUCCACCACAUUGGAAUGACGGAGCCUGGAUCGCAGAAUCUUCUCCAUUACGCCCUUGUUCUUCUUAUUAUCGGUGUUCCUGUUGGUCUUCCAGUGGUGACAACCACGACCCUUGCUGUCGGAGCAGCCUAUCUCGCGAAACAGAAGGCCAUCGUCCAAAAGCUUACUGCUAUUGAGUCGCUUGCUGGCGUAGACAUUCUCUGUUCUGACAAGACUGGCACGUUGACUGCCAAUAAGCUGUCGAUUCGCGAUCCUUGGCUGGCAGAAGGCCAGGACGUCAAUUGGAUGAUGGCAGUCGCAGCUCUUGCUUCGAGUCAUAACCUCAGAACUCUGGAUCCCAUCGACAAAGUCACUAUCCUUACUCUCAAACGCUACCCCGAAGCCAGAGAGAUUCUCAAGCAAGGGUGGGUGACUGAGUCGUUCACACCUUUUGAUCCUGUCUCUAAACGUAUCACUGCGGUUUGCCGCCUUGGGAAUGACAAGUUCUGGUGUGUGAAGGGAGCUCCUAAGGCGGUACUGAAACUGGCUUCAGGCUCAGAAGAUGAAAGCCGAAUCUACAAAGAAAAAGCCCAGGAUUUCGCUCGAAGAGGAUUCCGUUCGCUUGGUGUCGCUUACAAAAAGAACGAUGGUCCAUGGGUCAUUUUGGGUUUGCUAUCCAUGUUCGAUCCUCCUCGCGAAGAUACAGCCCAGACAAUCAUCGAGGCAGGCCAUCUCGGAGUCCCCGUCAAAAUGUUGACUGGAGAUGCCAUAGCCAUUGCAAAGGAAACCUGCAAAAUGUUGUCCCUCGGAACAAAAGUGUAUAACUCGGAACGACUCAUCCACGGCGGUUUAUCCGGAAGUGUCCAGCAUGAUUUCGUGGAGCGCGCAGAUGGCUUUGCCGAAGUGUUUCCCGAGCACAAGUACACAGUUGUCGAAAUGCUACAACAAAGAGGCCAUCUCACAGCAAUGACAGGCGACGGUGUCAAUGAUGCCCCUUCCUUGAAGAAAGCGGAUUGUGGCAUUGCCGUUGAAGGCGCCUCGGAAGCUGCCCAGGCCGCAGCAGAUAUCGUCUUUCUCGCCCCUGGUCUAAGCACCAUCGUUUUAGCUAUUAAAACUGCUCGGCAAAUAUUUCAGAGAAUGAAAGCGUAUAUCCAAUAUCGUAUUGCGCUCUGUCUCCAUCUGGAAAUCUAUCUCACGCUGUCCAUGAUCAUCAUCAACGAAACAAUCCGGGUCGACCUUAUAGUAUUUUUGGCCUUGUUUGCGGAUUUAGCAACAGUUGCAGUUGCUUAUGAUAAUGCUCAUUGGGAACCGAGGCCGGUAGAGUGGCAGUUACCCAAAAUUUGGGUUAUGAGUGUGAUUCUUGGGAUCCUUCUAGCUCUCGCCACGUGGGUAUUGCGUGGUGCUUUAUUUCUGCCUAAUGGAGGCUUCGUUCAGAACUUCGGUUCCAUUCAAGAGAUACUCUUCCUCGAAGUCGCCCUCACGGAGAACUGGCUCAUCUUCGUCACACGAGGCGGCAAGACGUGGCCGUCGUGGCAACUUGUGUUCGCCAUCCUCGGUGUAGAUAUCCUAGCAACUCUCUUUUGCCUCUUUGGCUGGAUGUCCGGUAGGGGUGAGAUUUCCCACCCCGAGUCGAACUUCAAGCAGAGCAGCAAUGGCUGGGUCGACAUCGUCACAGUCGUGAUCGUUUGGCUUUACUCUUUCGGCGUUACUGUUGUCAUUGCUAUUGUGUACUUCGUUCUCAAUAAGCUGUCUUGGUUAGACAAUCUAGGUAGGAAAGAUCGCAAGAAGAAAGAUACCAAGCUGGAAAAUAUCCUCGGCCACCUGCAGAAGCUUGCCAUCGAGCAUGAGGUCGACGAGAAGACUGGGAAGAGCAGGUUUAUGCUGGCGGAGAAGGCUGCUGAUGAGGACGAUGAUAUCUAG